AUGUGCAAGCAAGUCAUCGACCAGGCGCCAAGGGAGACCGAGGUGGUGAUUGCCUUUGGGAAUGCAUCCUGGAAGCAAGGGAAGGGAUAUGCAUCCAGUCCCAGGAGACUCAGGUUUGUCAAGUACUUUGAGCAAUUCCACCACCACCAGAGACGCCCACCAGACCGAUCCGUCUCCAAGAUCCGUGUGUGCUCGGUGAACGAGUUCAACACAUCCCAGUCGAUCAUCGCCACAGGAGAUCGACCGGUCAUUCAGCAGGGUCCAGAGAUCUGA